AUGCUGGUUGUAUUAGUCGUACAUUUGUAUUUGGCUCUAAUCCUUGCGAUUCUGUCUGCUGGCCUAGAUAUUGAGGAUACUGCUGAUAUUUAUGUUUGUAUGGUAGACUCAUUUUUUUCGAAAAUGCCAGCAGUCUGCGUUAAAAUAUGUUAUCCUAAGGAUGUAAUUGAUGAAUUGAUUAUAUUCGGUUUAUAUGAACUUCUAUGA